AUGUCUGGAUUCCCUCCGCCUUCAGCUGUUAAUGGCGUAUGGCCUAGGAUGGCUGGCGCAACACCAGGAACUUCAACGAUGUCGGGCGCUGUGCCCAUUGGUGGUGGGUCAACAACUCUACCCACUGUCAACAAUCCGAAUUUACCAACGAUUCGUACGCCUUUCCCUUCGCUUCCACCGACGAGUGUACCGGGCAAUCAAGCUGCGAAUCAAUAUACGCAGGCGAACAAUCUGAUCUCAGCAAAUUCUUUGGCAUUGAAUGCACAAAAUCAAGCACAAGUCGCUCAAAAUGAAGCGUACCGACAACGAUUAAACCAACUCGAAGACGAAAAUGAAGAAAGACGACACGCGAACAUCAACCUUACUCAAAUGGGUGCGCAAGUCUUACAAGGCCAAAUGGAUAUUCAAGAACAAGUUCUAGAAUAUCAAUAUAUGUUAGAACACUGCAUGGAUUAUCUCGAUCAUCAAAAUCAAGUUAUCAGUGAACAAUCCGAAGAAUUAUCCUUAAUUCGAGCAAAAAUGAAACAUUUCGAAUAUCUCAUGGAUGCAUUAAAACUUAGCAAAGAAGGAAAUAAUAUGCUUCGCACGAUGUCUGGAGAAUCAAACUGUAUCGAUCAAAAUUUAUUAUGUUGUCGAGAUCCUAUAGCAUUACCACCGCCUUCGACUUCACCAUUUUUUGCUGGUGGUCCAACUCGUGUAACUGGCUCGACUUUUCAGCCGUUCAAUCCGCGCUAUCGAUCACCGAACAGUCGCGCCGCCGCUGCCGCAAACUUAAGCGGACGGCAAAGUACGACACCGUCCGUUACUAAUACUAACCGUUCCGCAGCCGUGAAUCGUCUGGCACGUCGUCCAGGUACUCUCAAUUGA